GCUAUCGCUUUCUCUGCGUAUGGGUUGGAGCAUGGCGUAGGGAAAAGAAAGGAAUUCCGGUGUAUCCAAACACAUCCUGUCUCAUCCAUUGCAGCCGAGAAAGCCCAAAAGAAAUUUAUUGAAUCUGGAACUGGAAUCGAACUCCCAAUUCCGUCCCUUUCAACGACCCAGCGAGAACAAAAGCUUCCAUCCGAUGAUGUUGAUAUCACCAAGGCCCCGAUGAUCAAGACCGACAAAGAGACUAACAAGGGGAUGCCAGUAGGCAAAGAGGUGCCAAUCAGUCCAGAGAAAAUGAACCAUAGUCCCGUAUUCAGUGUUGUGCUUGGGUUUACUGAGAAGAAGCCGAAAGGAGGUGCAAAGCUCUAUGGCUUGCUUGGAAGAAAGAUGGACUCCCAAAACCAAGUCCUCUUCUUCUUCAACGAAUGCCGGGAUGAUAGUCUUUCUCGAGCCAAGAGGGACGUCACCUAUCUUCGAAGCCAAGACAAAGAGUUGUGUGGAAGACAUGUAUUGAUGCAAAGAGUAAGGGGUACCAGCAAGUUGAUAUGCGGACCAAAGGAAGGUCACAUUAGUGCUAGGGACAAGGAUGCACGGAAGGUGUUAAGUGCAUCCCUGGCUAGGUUUAUGUUUUCACAGAUCACUAUCAAGCAUGAUGGCACAAUCAAGGUGGUUGAAUCGAGCAUCUCAGUAGGCCGUGCGAUGAUAGGACAUCCCGGGACUGACUGGCUAUUUGUACCUUGA